UGCCAUCCGCGUCCAUGCCAACAAAAAGAUCUAACAAAGCCAGACGCCAUCCUCAACCCCGAAUGGGACCCAAUCAAGUUCGAACCCGAGGAAGACCAAUUCGAAAUCUUGCACCAGCCAAUCGAGUGCAUUCGAGCCAUAUGCCUGAGACCCUACAGACUCAAUAGCCCAAACAGGUGGACCUUUUUUCUGUCCACAUCCGAGGAAAACAUGACGGCGAUAAGGCUGCAUUGUCAAUCAACCUAUGACCGUGACACCACUGUCCUUGAAAAUGGGUCCAAAGCCAAUAUCGUGUUUCAAAAGAGAACAACCCUGGUCCCCCUCAAUGGGCAAUUGACCUUCGUUUUGGGUGUGAACCCCGGAUUCACGGUAGGGAAUAUCCACGAGAUCAUCGUUGCAAACAACCGGCACAAGUACGAGAUUGACAAUGAUGGUUGCUAUGCUCGAACCUGGGUUUAUGAUCAAAUCUGUCUCUUCAACCAACAUGGUAUCUUCGCCGACCAAGAUGAGGUUGCAUUAGUGAAUGACGGAAUCCAGAAAAGAUGGCCAGGGGAGUUUCCCGAUCCGGUCCAGACGGGGACAUACUAUGGGUCGCGAUCCGACCUCGAAAAUCUCAUCACAAAUCUCGCUCGGGAUGCGGAAAUUUGUGACGAAAAGAAGCCAGCAUGCUCCAAAUGCAUCCAUCAUGCUAUUGAGUGCGACUUCCUCUCGACAUCAACUAUAUCAUCAACUUUAUUCUCUUCAGCGCCAUCCCCAUCCAAGUCUCCAAAACCACGGCUUCGAUUCAAGCCUUCUAAAUACCAAUCUGCGGAAUGCAGGCCCAAGCAUGAAACAGGGCAGCCAUCUUCGCAAACAGUCACGACGGAAGUCCACUGCAAAAGCUCCAGCGUCUUAUCACAGACUCAAGAUACCCUCUCAUUCGCCGACCUACGACUCUUCCACCACUUUGUCACAGAGACAUACCGCACCCUAGCGGACGAAACCACCGACCACAAUCGCAUUUGGCAAACUCACCUGCCACAAUGGGGAUUCUCCUCACCCUCCAUCUUCCACCUCAUAUUGGCGCUGGCAGCCUUGCAUCUGGGCUAUCUCCACCCCGAGGUACGAGACCAGUAUGUGAUGCAGGCAGAUGAGCACUUCACAUUUGGCAUUCGAUCUGUGUCGGCUAUUCUAUCGAGUCUUGACUCGGAGAACUGUCAGUCAAUCUACAUGUCAACAGUGCUGAUAUGUUUUGUCUAUUUCGCACACGGUCCAAAACCUGGUGAAUACCUCGUGUUCAGUGAGACGGGGAAGGCUGAAUGGCUCGUUCUUAUGAGGGGAGUGAGAUCGAUUUUGAUGUCUAGCCAUGACAAAAUCUUCACCGGGGUCUUGGAAAUUCAACCGGAUCCUGCUAUUCAAGGUGUUAGCCCGUUGUUACAAGAUGAGCUCCGGGAACAUCAGUCUCAUAUUAAGGAGCUUCGACAUUAUAUCGAAACGCAGACUGACGGGAAUUCCAUGGGUCAGAUCGACGUCGAUGCCCUUGAGAACUUGCUCGAAACGUUUGAGGAAGCAUACCAGUGUCGAAGCGCUGGGAAGGACGGUGUUUUCUUGAUGCCCUUUGUCGUUGGAUGGAUAUAUAGGCGGCCGGAGAGAUUCAUCGGUCUUCUUGAGGAGAAGGAGCCACUCUCAUUGAUUGUCCUUGCUUAUUGGUGUAUUCUGUUGAAGUUCAUGAGAUCCUCAUGGCUUAUGAUCGCUUGGGAUCGACAUGUUAUCACAGGAAUUCGGGAGUCUCUGGGAGUUGAAUUCCAUCCAUGGAUUGAGUGGCCUGUGAGCGUGAUUUGCGAUUGA